AACCGGCGUUGUCGGUUUUCAGCUGGGGAAGGCGUACUAUCUAUCAUAGCAACCUGUAAGGUAGAAAGAGAAAAGGCAAAUCGUGCUGCUUGUUUCUAGUACGCUGUGUGAUGUAUUGGUGACAGGAAAGAAAUCAGCGCCUUUUCUUAUUGACAGUGCAGUGAUUUUGUUUUAAAUACAUGUCAAGAUGUUAACCAGAACAGCAGGAGGUGGUGGUGUGGCGAUGGUCGUGCUGUCAACCUUUCUACACUCGGUGAGGCUAUGGUCAUUGCUUCUCUGCACUGUGAACGCUGCGGAUAUCUUAAUGAAUACCACCACGGUGGCAGGUCCAUCGUCGCCUUCCUUUUGCAAAGAGGCUGACUAUCAUUUUGAAUACACAGAAUGUGACAGUACGGGAUCAAGGUGGAGAGUUGCUGUGCCAAACUCAAACAGGAUCUGUAAUGGCUUGCCUCCUCCUGUCAGGGGUAAAGAGUGCACCUUUUCAUGUGCAGCUGGGGAGUACCUGGACAUAAUGAAUCAGGUGUGCAGCAAAUGUAAUGCAGGAACGUAUUCCUUAGGGAGUGGUAUAAGGUUUGAUGAGUGGGACAACAUUCCUUCAGGAUUCUCUUUAGUGGCUACAUUCCUUGAUAGUCCCACUGGCGCAUCUUCUAGUAAUGAAGGUAGUUGUAUAAACUCUACAUGGAUCCCAAGAGGAAACUUCAUAGAGUCUAACAGAGAUGACUGCACAGUUUCUUUGGUCUAUGCAGUGCAUCUUAAGAAGUCUGGUCCUGUUUCCUUUGAAUAUCAAUAUCCAGACAAAAACAUCUACUUUGAAUUUUUUAUCCAGAAUGACCAAUGUCAAGAGAUGGAAAGUUUGAACCAGAAAUGGAUGCAAGUAACAGACCACGGUGAAUGGAGAAUGCAUACAGUAACUUUGAAGUCUGGCACAAACAUUUUGUAUUGGAGGACUACUGGAAUCCUUUUGGGUUCGAAGGUGGCGACACCUGUUCUACUGAAGAACAUAACCAUUGAAGGUGUUGCAUACACAUCGGAAUGCUCCCCUUGUAAACCUGGUACUUUCAGUAAAAAUCCAGGUUCAUCAUCCUGUGACCUUUGCCCUGCAAAUACCUAUUCAAGAAAAGGAGCCAAAGAAUGCAUGCCCUGUAAUGUACAAACUCAGUAUUCAGAUGCAGGUUCUAACAUCUGCAAAGAACGUCCUGCUUGUACAAGUGCCGAUAUCUUCCAGCUUCACACUCCAUGUGAUGAAGAAGGAAAGACUCAAAUAACCUACAAGUGGAUAGAACCCAAGAUCUGCAGAGAUGAUAUUAAAGGAUCAUUUCAACUUCCUUUAUCAAAUGAAAAGAAGCCUUGUCCACCAUGUAAUCCAGGCUUUUACAAUGAUGGGUCACCUACUUGCUCUCCAUGCAAGCCUGGAACUUAUUCUAAUGGAACCCAUGAAUGCAAACCCUGUCCUGCUGGAACAGAGCCUGCUUUAGGUUUUGAGUAUAAAUGGUGGAAUAUAUUGCCUUCAAAUAUGAAAACUUCCUGCUUCAAUGUAGGGAAUACUAAAUGUAAUGGCAUGAAUGGUUGGGAAGUUGCUGGAGAUCAUAUCCAGAGUGCAGCAGGAAGCACAGAUAAUGACUACCUCAUUUUAAAUCUCCACAUCUCUGGAUUUAGACCUCCGGCGGUGAGUGCCAAUGGGGUAUCAGGUAAUGAAAUAGGAAGAAUAUCCUUUAUUUUUGAGACUAUCUGUUCUGCUGACUGCGAAUUAUACUUUAUGUUGGACACAAACAAGAAAAACACAGUUGUGGUUGAAUCUUGGGAAGGAACUAAAUCAAAGCGGAUGUUCACUCAUGUUAUCACCAAAAAUUCCUCUGUUUCCUUCACCUGGGCAUUUCAAAGAACAAGUCAAACAUCUACAACUAGAAGAUUUAUAAAUGAUAUUGUGAAGAUCGACUACAUUUCAAUAACAAACGUUGUGGAUGGAGUUGCCUCCUACUGUGAAAAUUGUGCCAUUAAUGUUGAUCAGUCUGGAUCUUCCUGUGUACCCUGUCCAGCUGGCCAUUACAUCGAAAAGGGAAGCAAUCAGUGCAAGGAAUGUCCUCCUAAUACAUUCCUUUCCCCACACCAGGUAUUUGGAAAAGAGGCCUGCAUUCCUUGUGGGCCUGGCAGUAAAAGCAGCAAGGAUCGUUCAUUUUGUUUCAGUGACUGUGCUUUUACUUAUCGUUCAAAAAAUCAGACUUUGAUUUACGACUUCAGGAGCUUCAGCACUGUGUAUUCUUUAAUAAAUGGACCAAGCUUUACCACAAAAGGGACAAAAUACUUUCAUAACUUCAACAUUAGCCUUUGUGGAAAUGAGGGAAAGAAAAUGGCUGUUUGUGUGGACAAUGUAACUGAUUUAACUACAAAGGCCAUGGAAGGAGAGUCUGGGGGAUAUGCCGACUUUGUGGAAACCUAUGUUUGCCAAUCUACUAUCAUACCAUCUGAUGGAAGAGGUUUUAAAACUGCCUUGUCAUCGCAGUCUGUUAGUCUUGCUGAUACUUUCAUAGGUGUAUCUGUUGAGUCACACUUGAAAGAUGUUGAAAUCCUAACUAAUCUGUUUCCACAGUCCUCCGUGAAGGUGCCAGACGUUAACUUCUUUUACAAGUCUUCUGUGAAUACAUCAUCUUGUCCAUAUGGUCGAGCAACUGUAAUAUCCUUGAGGUGCAAAACAGACGAAAAUGCUCAGGGGAAGGUUUCAGUGUCCAGCAAAUGCCCUGGAGGAACCUGUGAUGGAUGCACAUUUUACUUUCUAUGGGAGAGUGCGGAUGCAUGUCCUUUAUGUACAUCAGAUGAUUACCAUGAGAUUGAGGGGGCCUGCAGAGGAGGGAUCCAGGAAAUACUUUAUGUGUGGAAUGAGACAAAACAUUGCACUAAAGGCGUUGCCUUACCUGAAAAGAGGCAAAUAGUUUGUGAAUCCAUUGACUUUUGGUUGAAAGCUGGGGCAGGUGUUGGUGCAUUCACAGCUGUCUUGCUGAUUGCAUUGACCUGCUACUUUUGGAAGAAGAACAAGAAGUUGGAAUACAAGUAUUCAAAGCUGGUAAUGACAGCGGGUACCAAAGACUGUGAACUCCCUGUUGCUGACAGCUGUGCAAUAAUGGAAGGGGAAGACAAUGAAGAAGAUGUUGUUUAUUCUAACAAGCCAUCUUUGCUGAAAAAACUUAAAUCCCUAGCUACAAAGGAAAAAGAAGACAUUUUUGAAUCUGUUCAGCUGAAGUCUUCAAGAUCUCAAAAUAUAUGAAGACCUGAAACUAUGACAGAAGAUUUUAAAAUGCCAAGGAACAAAUGAAAACUUAUCCCAGUGUGCGUCCUGAGUAUGAAGACCAUGGCAGAGCACAGAAACAAGAACUUUAAAUCUGAAAGACUUUUAACAUGAAUAGAAUGCCUUAGUACUGUGCUCAGUACCUUGCCAAAAAGGGAAGCAGACAGUUUAUUAAACUGGUGAUGGAGCUUACCUCAGGAAGAGAUGCAUAACUCUCUAUAGUGUUAUUUUCUCUACAGUGUGCUUUAACUUGAGCACUUCGCCCUUGAUUACUUGCCUAGAAAUUGAUAUGCAGUCUUUUCACACCUUUGGAAAUGCACCUAUAAAAUAUUUUGAGACUCUCCUCUGCAUUAGUUUGUAAUAUUGCUGGUUGUAAAAAUCUUUUGGAGAACUGUCAAAUGUUACUGUCAAAAGCUAACCUUUCUUGAUCACUGCAAAGUAAAUCUACAGAUUACAGGGUACUGUAAAGUGAGUCCAUGCAGUAAUACCUGGCCGAUGUCCAGUGUCCAGUAACAUGAUAUAUUCUAAUCAUUGUGCAAAACCAAAGGGAAAUUCAGUUAUAGUACUGUCCGUGUACUGACAGUGUUAGCACUUCAGUAUCAUUUUCUUUGUAAGUCAGAAAUGGAGGAGGGUCUGUUCAUUGAAAUUACAGAUGCAGAAUGUUUGUGCAGUAGACUGUUAUAUUUUUGCAGUUCUUUAGAUUGUUGCUAAUAGUACAUUGUGGCCCAGAAAUGUUCUACAUAUAAGGCUGAACUACAGGUCAGCAAACUCAUUUGCUUCCUGCAAACAUUUGCCGUUAAAUUUGUUUACAAGGGAGAGAUUAAUGUCUUAUUUAAUGUAACUGAUUAAUUAGGUGAAGGAUUGAUAUUGUUUUAACAAUGUUACUGUUGAAUAUUUUUACAAUGUAUGUGUCAUUUUUAAUUUUGAGAUGAGGUGUAAAUUUUCUUUAUCUUCUCAUUUUAGCUUUAUUUCACAGUUGGCUGGAUGUCUCCAUUUUUGUAUUUGAUAUGCAUACCCGACCCAGUUAUAGUCAAGGUAUAACUAUUUGUGAAGUUGUUUAUAUCUUGAUCAUUUGGUUGAAACAUUAUUGAUAGUUGCACUGAGAGGGCAUUGUUGCAUGGAAGUGAAUAUUUGAAAAUAUAUGCAGUCACACCGUCCAGAUAAAUGUUGUAGUCAUGGAAAUUUUGAAAGUUUGGUCAUUAUCCUACCAUAAGGCUACUGCAUGUUUUUAUAAUAGUAAUGUGUUUCAUCCCCCAGGUAAUCCUGAUUCUUUUAAGGUAUGAACAUUAUCUGUUAGUAUAACAUGGGAAACCAUGAUGUCUUAAUCUCCUAUUCUCAGUGCAUAACAUCCAGGCCAGAUUACUGGGAGAACAUAUAGCAUCUGAAAAUAUGCUGACCUCUCCAGCAGUGGUAAGCUUAAGGAAAUGUUUUGCAGUACCUUUAUUAAAGUAAAGAAACCAGUAACAUACUAAUCAGUAGAUUGUCUGUAGUGUACACUGUGAUUCUCUUCAGUUUUACAGGGAAAGGACUCUAAUUCGAGAUAUUUCAGGUUUAUGGAUGCUUUUAACACUGUUUUGCAUGCAUUGUGGCAUUUGGUGCAUCUCCUUGUUGCUGGUGACCUUACAGAGAACCUUAUGGCAAAAGAAUUGUUGUACACAACUAAUAAGGGAGUAGAAAUAUGCACUUCAUCAAAUUAUAAGUAGUGCAGCUAUGGAACAUUGAUCUGCAAUAAAUUAACUAAAAACGUCAUUUGAUAAACUAUUCCUCUUACUGGAAACUUGCUUUACAGAAUUUUUUUUUUUCUGAAAGGGUCAAAAUGCUUUAUUUUAAAAUGCAUUUGUACAAAUUGCACAGAUACUGAGAUAUCAUAGCUGCCCUCUUUCAUUUUUAGACCUGGUGUGCAAAAUUUAUUUGUACUGUGUUGAAAUGAAAAUUAUGUUGUUCUAUGUAUUUAUUUUAAUUUUUCUAGCUAUUUCAGUUCAUUUCCCAGGUAAAUGAUUUUCCAGUCUAUUUUGUCAUGUUUUGAAAGCCUCUCUUUUAAAUAUGGCUGUAUAUUUUUUAUGAAGGGAGUCAAGCUAACCUAUUUUCAGUUGCCCACUGGUACUAUAUAGCUACAGCUCAUUAAUAGAACUAUAAGGUAAUGAGUAGUGAAUAUGUAUGGUUGUCUGACAAACCUGAGUUCUUGAAUUAAUGUUUGUUUUCCUAUGUCUUUGACAGUUUACAGCAAUUGCCUUAACUGAGGUGAGCUUACUGGUGUAUCAGUCUAGAAUUGCAAAAAAGUAUGGGUCUUGACUGAUUUCUGAAUUUUAGUUAAUGUUGCUUUUAAAUGAUUUCCUUGUAAUGACCUUGGUGAAAAUGAAUUUUUUUGUUCUACCUUGA